AUGUACGUACACGUUAAGCUUAUUCAUCUUCUAGAAAGAGAUACAUAUAUCAAAAACCACACACCAAAACACACUUCUAUAAACUCUCAAACAAACAAAAGAAGAAGAAGAAGAAGAAGAAGAAGAAAAAUGGCGAUGAUCAUCAAGGCCACAUGGGUUUCAGUUUUCGCCCUCACGGCGGUUCUCCUAGUGAUCCUAGUCCCGGCGGGAGAAGCGGUGACGUGCUCGCCAAUGCAGCUAAGCCCAUGUGCGUCGGCGAUAACGUCGUCUUCUCCACCAUCAGCGUUGUGCUGCGCGAAGCUCAAGGAGCAGAAGCCAUGCCUGUGUGGGUACAUGAGAAACCCUAGCCUCCGUCGCUUCGUCAGCUCUUCCAACGCUCGUAAAGUCUCUAACCGCUGCAAGCUCCCCAUCCCAAGGUGUUGAAAAAACAGAAACCGUUUGCUAUUUAUGUUUGAAUCCUACUUUUAAUUUGGUGUGUGUUGUGUUUAAGGAUGUUAAUCACGAUCAUUAAGUAGGGGUUUAAGAUAGUGGUACCCCUGAGAAUAACAAUGUGUGAUGAUGCUUGUAUGCAUCUUAUUUCAGUUUUUUGUUGCUUUCUUAUUCUGGUUUAUGAUCAAUAUGUUGUUGAUGUACAAGUGUUACACAAGUAUAUGAUGGUGUAAUAAUUGAGACGAUAUAAUGUAAGAAAGAAUAUAUAUAUUUCAUAAACACAAAA